AGAUAAGAAUCCCAAAUAAUUACGUACAAUGGAUCAUGAGCAUGACCAUGGCAUGAUUAUGAGUCCACCUCCACCAUCAUCGUCACCACCAUCCAUGACGAUGGGACAUAGCAACCAUAACAUGAUGAUGAUGCACAUGACCUUCUACUGGGGUAAGAAUGGUGAGAUCCUUUUCUCAGGGUGGCCCGGGACACGGACGGGCAUGUAUGUUGUCGCACUUGUUGUCGUCUUCCUCCUCGCACUCCUCGUUGAGUGGUUUGCUGGCUCUCGCCUUGGAAAAAGAGACGGAAAGGGCGUUGUUCCAAUCCUCUUACGGACACUUGUACAUGCUCUACGUAUGGGACUUGCUUACUUCCUAAUGUUGGCUGUUAUGUCUUUCAAUGUUGGUAUUUUUAUUGUUGUUAUUGUGGGUCAUGCAAUCGGGUAUUGGAUCUUUGGAUCGGGCAAGGAUGGCACGGAGGACCCGGGUUUCCCUCAUUGAUUAUUUAUGUUGCAUGCAAAAGCUAGCUACUCAACCGAUUCAUUCCGUCGCAAUUUGCGCAAUUCCAAAGUAUUAGUGACAAAGCAUCAUGACCUUUCGAACACAUUACUUCUAUAAUUCAUGGAUUUCUUGAGAUCGUUUUAGACUUCUAGCAGUUGGAGAAUGUAGAUUAAAUCUAAGUGUUUGUUAUUUAAUUUAUAAACAAUGUCUAUUUUGUGUCACAGUGUCUUAAGAAAUAAUAAUAAAAAGUUUAAU